AUGUAUAGGAUGGGCGAGAGGAGGGAGUCCGGAUUUUUCAAGGUGCGGGAAGCACAGCGCACUGAAUGCAGCUCCCCCACCCCUCCCUCACUUCCCGCGCUGCUUUACAGCGCAUCAGCAAGCCCGCCUCUCUCUGCGGGAUCCCCACGUGUUCUCCAGCAGAGCCUGCUCCUGGGGCCCCUUUAACUGGGCAGCGGAAGUAGCCGUUCUAGCGUCUCCCGCCAGCGCCCAAUGGGCUGGUGCAAAGCGUCCUAAAGCCCCGUCACUUCCCGGCUAGGAAGCCGGCAAGGCUUGAAGAGUAACGCCCGGGGGAGGGGGCGGGCGCUGAACCCACGCAUCCCUAGCCCGGCCGUGGUCCCCUGCAGUCUCGGGGCCGACCCCCCUCCCUGGGGCCGGCACCAACAUGCCCUUUGACUUCAGGAGAUUUGACAUCUACCGGAAGGUGCCCAAAGACCUCACACAACCAACGUACACUGGGGCAAUCAUCUCUGUCUGCUGCUGCCUCUUUAUUCUGUUCCUUUUUCUCUCGGAGCUCACUGGAUUCAUAGCCACUGAAGUAGUGAAUGAACUGUAUGUCGAUGAUCCAGAUAAGGACAGUGGAGGCAAAAUAGAUGUCAGUCUGAACAUCAGUUUGCCAAAUUUACACUGUGAAUUGGUAGGACUGGACAUCCAGGAUGAGAUGGGGAGACAUGAAGUUGGACAUAUUGACAAUUCGAUGAAAAUCCCUCUGAACAAUGGUGAAGGCUGCCGGUUUGAGGGCCAGUUCAGCAUCAACAAGGUCCCUGGCAACUUCCAUGUAUCAACACACAGUGCCACUGCACAGCCCCAGAAUCCAGACAUGACUCAUGUCAUCCACAAGCUGUCCUUUGGAGACACGCUGCAGGUUCAGAACAUUCAUGGAGCAUUCAACGCUCUAGGAGGAGCUGACAAACUCACUUCUAACCCCCUUGCAUCCCAUGAUUACAUCUUGAAAAUCGUCCCCACAGUGUACGAAGAUAAGAGUGGAAAGCAGCGCUACUCCUACCAAUAUACAGUCGCCAACAAGGAAUACGUUGCAUACAGUCACACCGGUCGCAUCAUCCCUGCCAUCUGGUUUCGCUACGACCUGAGCCCCAUCACAGUGAAGUACACAGAGCGGCGACAGCCACUGUACAGGUUCAUCACCACGAUCUGUGCCAUCAUUGGAGGCACAUUCACAGUGGCUGGAAUCCUGGACUCCUGCAUUUUCACAGCCUCUGAGGCCUGGAAGAAGAUUCAGCUCGGGAAGAUGCAGUAGCUCAUUGACUCCCAACUCACUUUGCCAAGGACAUCAAUGCAGGACCCCAGACCUAUCAUUCUAAUGAUUUUUUUUUCCUCUGUCAAUCAGAAUUGAUAUUCCGUUUCGUUGGUUGAAGUCACAGUGUGGGUAGUUGUUACACCAGGGUUUUUCUUCCCACGCCAUACUCCCAUCACGGGGGAAUUCCAGGUCACACAUUUGAGAUUCUUUUGUUUUUUAAAAGACCACAUGAAGUAUUAUUAGGAAGAACGUCCACUGCCAGUGCCAAGAAUUAUGGUGCUCCCUGCCCUGGGGAAGGGAAGUGGGGUGGGGUUCAGAGGGGAAGAACUCGUUCUCUUAAAAACAAUCAGGAAGGCUCCAGGAUUGUUAUAACUUGGGUUCCAAUAGCCCGCAGAGCCUCAGUGGGAAAUAGCAAGAGAGAUGGGAAUUGACAAAUUCUCCGUGUCCUUAUAACAAUGACAUGGCUCACUUUUCCUGGACAUCAAUCUGAAGUAAGUGUAGGAAAGGAAAGCCCUUUUGGAGAGAGAAAGUUUUCGAUUUCUUGGCCAGGUAUACCCUGUGGCUUAUGCUGUCAGGCCUCUUCUCCCCAUUCUGUCUCUAACAUCGCACUUGGUGGAUGUGCACUUGGCUGAACUACAUUAAGGUACCAGUUGAGCUCAUUGCAUUGUAUCCCUGUUUCUCUCUCUCCCUUUUUAAAAUGGGCUGCCAGGAACCACAGUGCCCAAGAGACUGAUAUCUGCUCACAAUUGGUACAGCAUAACCAACAGCCACAAAAUGAGUUUUCCUAUCUUAACCUUUCCCACCAAUGUGCCUCAGUCCUGACCAAAGGACACUUCUUAGCUAAGGAAACAGCCUAGUUUCUGAACCCACCUCAUAUUUCUUCAUCACCUUUGUGAUGACAAAGUGGUGAUGAGUGGCUGGGCAUAUCAUGGGGUUUUCAUCUGGAAGAAGCUUUAGGGACCACCUACAUUAACCUCUCUCAUUUUACAGAGGAAGAAACUGAGGCCUGGCAAUGGGAAAUAACAUGUCCAAGGCAUACAGGGAAUAAACUAGAGGAGGAACUGAAAAUCAGUCCUUUCUCCUCUAAAUCCAGUGCAAUUUCCACCAUAUGAUCAUAUUUUCUAUGUAGGCCCAGUUGGUUUUGCUCAGAGCCAGAGAGUAACAGUGAGCAUCAUUCCCAAUGGCAUACUUUCCCCCCACCAAUGCCAGUUCUAUGUGACAUCUCUGGGGCAACAAUGAUUGCUCAUGGGAAAGUAGAGUCCCAUAGCAUUUUCCCUUGGAGACACCCUCCUUCGAGGUGUUUUUGUUUACUUUUUCCUGGUUUUAUUUUGGGUUGGCUGGUUUUCCCCCCAACCGCCAGCCAGUGACAAAGGGAAAAGGGAAUAUCCUGGCCUGGGAGAGCAGCUCCUCCCUGCCCUCCUUAUCAGACACUUGCUCUGCAGUUUCUUUCACCAGCCCCACCAGCCUCUAAGACUAGCCCAAGACAGCCAGGCAUGCAGCUGGUAUGGUAGCGGCAGCUCUGAUUUCUUUCCACUUAAUUCAGAGUUGUUGCUGUUGCUGCUUGCCACUGCUGUUCAUACUCCCUUUCAUCAGAAGAGUCUUCUUUUAGAUCAGAACUGGGAAGUGUGAGGGAGCCAGGCCAGGGAGGGAUUCAGUGAAGGGAAUUUCAAAUAUUCUGUGUUGAUCCCAGAGAGAGCACCACCCCUCCAUUUUCCAUGCACACCAAGAAUUCUUUGCGUACUUUGGUAAUUCAGGAUAAUGUCUGGUUAGAUUUAUUUUUUAACAAGGCCUUUUCCAUUUAUUAUUUUAAGUCCCUAGUGCCAACUAGAAAAGCUUUCUCCUUUCUUUUUUUUUUUCUUAUGCAUUAAUUGAUAAUGUAAGUGUAACUGGAUUUGUCACUUCUUAUAUCUCAAUGUCUGGAUGGAUUUUUAUACUUUUUUUUCCAUUUACAAAAUUCAGAAAUGGAAAUGAUCCCUUGUAUAUGGGGGCAUGAGGGGUUUGGGGGGGAGUGGUGAGUGAGUGUGUGUGUGUGUGUGUGUGUGUGUGAGAGAGAGAGAAAGAGAGAGAGAGAGAGAGAGAGAGAGAGAGAGGCAUGCAUAUGUAUGCAAGUUUUACUUUUAUGGAAUUUUUCCAUUGUGGAGGUGGAGGGUGGGCACGGGACUUCAUUUCCCAAUGAAAGGAUACCAAUGACCUGUUUUCUUAACAAAAUUCUUAAGGGAGAAACUUUACCCCCCUUGUUUCUUCUGACCAUUGGGUUUAAGCAGAUUAAAAAGCUGUGAUUUUCAGAAA